AUGACAAUCAAGUACGACCCUGCGAGAAUGAGAUAUGAUCCUGAGAAAAUGAGAAUACACAUUCAUUACUUGCGAAAAAUUGAAAUCUUCUAUGAUCUAGAGCUCGCAUAUCUGAAAAAGAUACAAUCCGAAUGUACUCAAGUGAUGGAAGCGAUUUCUGAACUAGAAACGAAUCCUACCGAGGAAUUAUUCGAAGAGAUUGGUCGUAGCAUCGACAGCAUGAAAUCCAUGUUCAAGAUCUUCAAUCUGCUUGGAUUCUUGAAAGAUCUCGCCAAGGAGCUCGCGGAUCGCUAUCAACCCUUAUCAAUCUCAACCUUUGAUGCUAUGGCUGAACACGAGUUCCCAUACGACUACUUCGAAGAGUACGUGCCCGUUUGCGAUGUUGUUCCAUCUCCAGCUGAGACUGAAGGGAACCAAAAGAGCUUCGAAGAAACGGUCAUGGAGCUGAGUGACCCUAUCGGAGAAGUGUCUUCAGAUUCUUACUCCCUGACCUCGCAGACGGGAAGUGUUCCUCCGUCGCGUCGCAUUUCCUCCGCUUCCAUGUCAGACUCAUUCACGCGACAGCCAACUGUUUAUCAUGGGGAACGCUACGAUGCUGCUGUCCGGGCUCUCGCGGCUUCCAGGUCAAAUUCAUCUACGCGCCAGCAGGUUGCCCCCGUUGGAGAACGCUUCGAUGUAACUGUCCAAUUCCCCAAACGACCUCUCGGUGGUGAAGUUGUUCGUGUGAAGUGUGGAAGGAAGGUUAAAACUUUGGUACAUUAUCUACUAUCCAUUAUAAGGAAGACAGAAGCCGAGGAUACGAAGCAGCAUCGCAGCAUCAAGAUCAGUUUGAGUGAAUUUGUGAAAAGAAUCAUCAUGCGAACUGUCACUGGGCACUUGAGUGCCGAGAAUUUUGCUCGUGCUUUAAACAGCAUAGUUAAAGUGCAAGUGGAAGAUCAACACUUCAUCACCUUUCUAAAGGCGUCUUUUCCUCGUCUUGCGCGUCGUUUUCUCAAAGGUGAUGUGGCCAUUGAGCCUUUCGUCCCUCUUCAAGCUUUGUACUCUCGCGAAGUCCUGAGAAUUCCUUUUGAUGGUCACUUCUUAUGGGGAGUUUACCGUAGUUACUACGAUAGACUUGUAAAGAAUGGUGAAGCGCCACCGAUUUCUCCGUACUCGAGUCACACUCCAACUAGAGCCAAUGUUUUUGAAAGCGACUCGGAAUCCGCACUUGCCGAAGGAUUUGCGAGUCCAGAAACGAAUAGUUUAUUCGAGAUGGAGCCAUGUCGGCCCUUCACUGGAUCUAUCCUCGAUAAUUCAUUUCUUGAUCCGGCGAAAGUGAAAGAGCUUUUUUGGAGCAAAUUGGGUGAAUAUGCCCAAAUCGCCGACGAGGCUGUUCUCCUAGUAUCAGAGGCGGCCAGGAACUAUACUGAAGAUGUAAUUAUUAAAGUCAGGGAUUUUGCAGAACAUCGAAUGAUGCCGGAAAGCCCAGGAAUCUUUUCUGCAUUUGAAUCGCCCGCCCACAGUCCAACAGCACAGGAGUCGAUAAAGGAAACGGAUAGUUGUACCGGAGAAGAGAAGGAAGCUGAGGAAGCUGACAAGACGGAUGCGAUAGGAAGUGAAAGUCAAGGAGAAGACGCAAGCGAAGACCUUAAGCAAGAUGCGGAGAAGGACGAAACUGAGGACUUGAAGGCGGAGCAUACCAAGGCGGCUACAGUGGCGCCAUUAAGCGCUUCUAGGGAGGACAACACAGGCAACGACGAGAUGGCUGAUCCAAGCCAGCCAUCCACUUCUGCCCGUGCUCCAAUUGUUCAUGUAACCCUUCGCGAUCUGCAGGUGAUGUUUGCAGCUGGUAAUAUCAGAUCCAGAGUUGCGUUCAAGAUGGCCAUGGGCCCAAAUAUCAAUGCGACCACCGGUCUAUCUGAGCAGGGUAUCGGUACACAGUAG